AUGUUUAUUUCAAAGUUGGCACAUAAAGGGAUGGAGCUUACUAAAAUUGUUCAGUUAUUGGAUGCGUAUUGUUUACCACAUUUGGCUGAGAAAUGGGAUAAUGUCGGUCUUCUAAUAGAACCUUCUCCUCCACACUAUGUGGACAAGAUUCUUAUCACAAAUGAUUUAACGGAACAUGUACUCGAUGAGGCGAUUUCUCAAAAAAGUGGUCUGAUUGUUUCUUAUCACCCACCAAUUUUUUCUCCUCUUAAAAAGCUUACACAACAGCAUUGGAAACAACGUGUUGUUGUACGUUGUAUAGAAAACAAAAUUGGGGUAUUUUCUCCACAUACCGGGCUUGAUGCAAAAUUAGGAGGUAUUAACGAUUGGCUUUUAGAACCAUUAGCUGUUAAUCGGAAGGAGAGUUUAUCUCGAUCAUCUACUGUUACCGGAGCUUUAUCCAGGCUGAGUGUGGUCAUGAAUAAUAACUUCGGAAACUUCGUCUUAACAACCGGAGUAGAAGUGUGUAUGACUGGUAUUAAGAGUGAUGUUGGAAUAACGGCUAUUGUUACUUGUACCGAGUCCGAUUUAAAACGUGUUAUUGCUGCGACGGAGGAGUUCGGAAUUUCAGUUGUUAGUAUAGACACUAUUCAGAAGACAAGUGAGGAAGGAUGUGGCAGAAUAGUCAGUUUACAAUUUCCAGUUCAUCUGAAAGCAAUUAUCGCUGCUUACAAGAAGUUUCUAAACGUGGAGCAUUUAACCGUAGCUCCAGGAUUAGGUAAAACACUCGACUGUCUAAUUCAAACAGUUGCUGUGUGUGCUGGUUCUGGUGGGUCACUAUUAUGUCAAACACCAACCUCAUUUGCUGCCGAUUUAUUUAUCACUGGUGAAUUAUCUCAUCACGAUCGUCUUGAAGCUGUUUCUCGUGGUAUUUCUGUUAUUUUAGCUGGACAUUCUGUUACGGAAAGAGGAUUUUUCAAGGACCGAUUUAUUCCAGACUUUCGUCAUCUUUUAUCAACUGUACAAACUGCUGGUGAAAUUCCACAAUUAGAGUUAUUAUUAUCGAACACAGAUCAUGAGCCUGGUUUUGUUGUGUAAUAAAUCAUCAUCAUUAUUAAUAUUCAUGUGAUCAUGUAAUAUCCGGUGUGUGUUACAAUAGAUAAUUUUCAAACGAUUUUACUGCUUCUUUUCCAUAUCAUUUUUUAAUGCUGAAUACUUUUUGGUCGAUUAUCGACUUGCAUAGUAAACUGCAACUGCCAUUCCGUCUUUUCUUAAAUUCUAAAUAAAUUUUUCCUUUGUACAUCAAGUUUUUAAUUUACGAAAGAGAUUUGACUUUAUACAAAGGUAGUUGUUUCAUUUAGCCACUCUUUUGUUUUUAAAUAUUAAAAAACCUAUUGAUUCUAAAGUGUGUUUCAAUAAACCAAUCACUCACUACUUGAUUCCUUCCAUC